GCGAGGCCGGAAUGAGCUCAAGGCACGGCGGUGGAGGUUGCAAGGAGGGCAAUGGUGGUAGUAGCAGCAAUGGCAGCGGUGGACCGUGUGGGGCGUGCAAGUUUCUGCGAAGGAAGUGUACACCCGAGUGUAUAUUUGCACCCUACUUUGACUCUGAACAAGGCACGACACAUUUUGCAGCCGUGCACAAAGUGUUCGGAGCCAGUAAUGUGUCGAAGCUACUUCUGCAUAUUCCUGAACACAAGCGCCUCGAUGCAGCUAUAACUAUAUGCUACGAGGCACAAGCUCGUGUUAGAGAGCCAGUUUUUGGCUGUGUUGCUCAUAUCUUUGCCCUUCAACAACAGGCUGCGAGGUUGCAAGUACAGCUCUCAUACUUGCAAGCGUACCUAGCAGCAUCUGAGCUUUCAAGAACAGCACCGCAUCCACAGGCACAGCCACAAGAUCUGGUCAAGCUAACAAUACCCUCAAUUGUAAACCUUCCAUUAGAUUGCCCUUCUUUGCCUGCUGCUGCAUCAGAUCUUUCACUACUUCUCGAUCCUGUGGAGCAAGCUUCGCCGGCAAAGUUGCAGUCUCCAUUGGAAUUCUGUCAAAUUAGAAGCAACAAUUUCCCAUCCAUGGGCAGCAUUGAUCAACAAAUUGUCCAAAAACAACUCUCCACGAUGCAACGCAUUGGUGCCUCGCUAUUUCCCUACGUCCCUAAAUGAGCCUAACUCGUGAUUGGACUGCUAAUAAUCUCAGUGCUCUUCCUGCUGAUCAAUAAGUUAAACUUCAGCUUACUUGUAUCAUGUUUUGAUCAUCAUGAAGGUUUCAAUAACAAGCUUGCAAAACUCUUUUCUCAUCUAUUUCUAUUUUAAAAUUAUGCAACCACUUCCUUUAAAAGAAGAAAUGAAGCAAAAAUUUGUGUUCUUUAUACUUCAAUUCAAUGGGAAAAGUGAACUUUGCA